ACAGGUGAAAGGGGAGGGGCCUAGUAUGAUAAUAGUAAAGAGUGACGUCAGCAGCUGGGAGCAGUUCCACAGUGCGAGCUCUGGAGAGGGAGAGGUGAUUGAUACUGGAGAGAGAGAAGGAGCUGAGACUCCUAUAGGAGCCUGCCUGUACUGAUCCAAGGGGAGAGAGACAGCAGGGAGUGCCAAGAGACAGCUGGAGACAGUGCCAAGAGACAGCUGGAGACAGUGCCUGCAGGAUGCAGCUAUUCUUCCUUCUGCUGGGACUGCUGUGCUCAGUCUUACAGGCCCAGGAGGUUUCGGUAACAAGCAAGUUGACUGGUAUCAUUGGUAAAGAGAUCGUUUUGCCAUGCACAUUUACCAGCACAGAUUCCAGCGUGAAAGUGACUCAGAUUAUGUGGAUGCACGGUAGUACCAGUUUAGGGGUGUAUAGUCCUCAUCUUGGCAUACAUUUGAGCAAUCCAUCACAUUUCCAGCUAGUGGAGCCAUCCAAUACCAGCGCUACGCUCAAGAUCUACCCGGUCGUUUACACCGAUGAAGGGGAGUACACGUGUGAGGUAACCACCUUUCCUGGUGGUAAUGUCAAAGCCACCACCACUAUGGUCAUCAAGGCCAUACCACAGAAUUCUGCAGAAGCCAACCCUGGGGUUGUGGCGAGUGACCAAGUCCAGGCAGUAGCUACAUGUAAAUCAGCCAAUGGAAGGCCUCCGUCUCGAAUAACAUGGCACGCGUCCAUUCCUUACAAUGAGAGCACCGACAUGGUCAAUAACACUGAUGGCACGUACACUGUAGUCAGCAAGUUCCUAAUAACACCCACGUGGAUCGCUGAUGGGAUGCCAGUCACUUGCAUAAUCAACGACGAUUCCUCAGAUUACCCCAUUCCAUUGAAGUUGUCCGUGCAAUAUUCUCCUGUGGUGACCAUUGAGGGCUUCGAUGAUAACUGGCACUUACACCGCAAUGGUGUCUAUCUGACUUGCAAUGGAAAAGGCAACCCUCCUCCCACAUCAUACACUUGGAAGACUGCGGAUGGAUCUCCACUCCCUGCUUCUGUCCGGGCAAAGGACAAUGUGUUGUACGUAGAUGAGGUGGAUCAGCGUGUGAACAGAACGUUUUUAUGUGAAGUCACCAAUGCUCUCGGGAGUAGAGCUUCCCGGCAGGAUGUCUUUGUGAGAGAACACGCAAUGCAACCGCAGACAAACGCAGGAGCCAUCGCUGGGGGGGUAAUUGGGGGGAUUCUGGUCCUACUCCUUCUGGUUGCCAUCAUCUUCAUCGUCAUCAAGAGAGGCGGUCUGCACAAGAAGGAUCGUGGAACUUACAAUCCAAAGCCCAGAGUUUUUGGAACUGGCAAACCAACUGAGCAGUUCACCUAUCAAGAUGACGGAGACUUGGACAAACCCCUCAAAGGUCCCAUCCCCAUGAGAGACAGUGGACUCAGCCCCUCGUUGGGAGAUGAGGACGAUGAUGAGGUGGAAAGGAUGAAAUACAAAGUUCUUGAAGACGAUGAGGAAGAAGAACGAUUCAAUGAAGUGGGGCCCAUGCUGCAACUAAGACCUCAUCAUCCAAUGGACUCUUACCUGGAUGAUGAUAUGGAGUCACAGACGGAUGGCUCUAUCAUUUCCAGGACUGCUGUAUAUGUGUGACCUCUCUACUUGAGAACGGAGUAUCUACCCAAGACUAAACACCUGGACUGCAGAGUGUUUUUAUCCGUCCCAGUGAUGACUUGUAGAGUAUGUGGAGCUCUACCUAUCCUUGUCCCAUCAUUCACCUGGACUUUAUCUAACCUCAUUUACCAUGAGCCAUUUGGACUGCAAUGUACAUAUGCGUUAGGAUUUAUCACCUUCAUUUAACUUUCGCUCUUCAGUCAGGUAUGUGCAAUCCCCUUCACACACUCAAGUAUAUAAAACCUCCCGUACAACGUUGCCUAAGCUCCAGCUCCUUCAGAACUCCUUAGAUACGCUCCAUUAUACUGUGGUGAACAGGUAGGACCCAUUUCCUUCACCUGCCCACUAGACAGCCAAGACUAGACAGCAAAAAUCUUCUGCUCUUCCUCCCACAGAAUAUCCAGGACUAUAAGGACGUAGAACUGUUUUUAAAUAAGGACUUCCCUAUCUUACUGAGCAUCUUAGGUACCCCUAAUUAUUUCAGGGGGCUGGGUAAGGUAUAGGGGAGUCACUCCGACCUUACACAUGAACUUGUGGUGCCAGGAUCUAGUUGCCACUUGCAGUUUUUUUUGAGAGCAUCUGCAAAGUGCGCACCAGAGAUUUUUUCCUUUUUUAAAGGGGUUUGCACUAAUAAUGGAAAUUAUAAGAUGAACUUAUAAAAGAUUUAAUAUGAAGAAAAUUGAGCCUUGAGAUAUUGGGGUGGGUCUAGAGGGCUUUAUGUUUUGCAUUUCUGCUAUUAUUAUUUUUUUGUAUUUCUGUAAGAAAAGAAGAAAAAUUUUAAUAAACCUCAUGUAAAAAAUGU